AACUACACGUGUUAACCUAAAUAUGGAAACACACCAGUGGCUUCGUAACGAAUUCUAAAUUUCCGCUUUGAUACUGAAUAUAUUUGAAUAUUAUAAAUCUGACGGCAUGUCAUAAGGUAAAAUUAUAAGUAUUUUAACUAAACCAUUUUUUUUAAACUUGAAUACAUAAAAUAUUUCUGAAACUUGUAAUGUUUUCUCAAUUGUCUGCCCCUUGACUACGAGCUGCCAAUGAACAAGGAGUAUGCAAUGAACAAGAGUAGGCUCUUGCCUCUCAGUCCUCUCGCCCUUACGUGGUGGCUUUGAACAACCUGCCUAUAAACUCGCUGUAUGGCGUGUCUAUCCUAUAUAUGGUCGAAAAACGCAACCUGCACCCGCCAAUUUAUGUUUUGACAGUUACAGUUUUGUGUAUUUUGAGGUUAUGUUGUUUGGUGAAACUUUGAUUGUUAUUUUUUUUGGGUAUUAUCCUUAAAUGUUAUGAACACCUAAAUCAUGGAUUUAAGUCCGCGCGAUUUUCUAAAAUUACUGUACAAAUACUUGGAUGAAGAAGCAGAAGAUGUAGCAAGUAAACAGUGUAAUCAAUUAUUAACCAACUUUAGUGAUGCCCUUACACAUGAACAAAUAAACUCGACUUAUCUUGAUCAAAGUCUGCAUUAUUUCUUCAGUACAUCAUCUGGGCUUCACACUUUUGUGAAGAAAAUUAUCAACAAGAAACCAUUCAAGACAUCUGUUGUAAAAUUUUUUGAAAUUAUUUAUGCUUUGAUCAAUAAUUUUCCCUUCAAACUUAAAAAAUAUGUUUCUGUAAUUUUUGAAACAUGCUUCAAAGUGAUUAAAUCAUUACUGGUAAGUUCCGAUGAAAAAGUUAAAUCACUGGAAGUCGUCAUUGUCAUACUUGAAAAAGAAAUAUUUCUUGACAAUUCUGAAAUUUAUUUAGAAGUUUACAAUAACCUAUUGAAAAGUAUUUCUAUAACAAAAACUGAUUCAGUCGAAGAGAAGACAUUUAUAGCAUUGGGAACCUUCGCUAAACAUUUCCAGUAUUUGGUGCCAAAUAAUGAAAGUCUGAGAAUUGUCUUUCUUAAUGGAUUGGAGACACAAAUGAUUAAACUAAGUUUAUCAAACAAACAGUUGUCUGGACUUUUUACUGGACUUGACCGUUUCUGUGCAAGCUUUCCUUUUGAUAUGAACUCUAAGGAAGAUGUGUUUGUUGUUAAUAAAGUAUAUAAGUAUAUUGAAACACUAGCAAUUCCUUCUGGAACUGUUAAAAUCGCAAAUAAAGCUGCCUUAACUUUCCUGGCUAAUAAUAUUUCAUUGUUUAUAAACUUAAUGGUGGAUAAACACAAGUAUUGGCAUGAUACUUUACUCAAGUGGUUAGAAUCCGGUACCGAAGACCAAAAAAUAGGAAUUUUGGUCCUUGAAGCUUUCUACUUAGGUCUUGGAACUUUCUUAUUAAAUGAUGGAUCUUGCCACUACAAACAUGUUACCGAGUACUUUAAGGAAUAUUUUAUUGCAAACAUGACCCAGAGUAAAGUGUUUAAUUACGAUAAAAGGUUAUGUUUACAAGGUCUUUCUUCAUUUUCUGGGGUGUAUCAGUUACAGCUAGAGCAAGAGGAAAUAAAAAAGUUGUUUGCGCAAAUAAUCCAAAAUUUUGAACAGACUUACAUACUCAACCUCGAUCCUUCGACUGAUGUAUUGGAAUUUCUGCCGUUUUAUCUACAAACUGUUGCAAAUUUUCUCCAGUUUAAAACAGUUACCAACAAUGAACUCUUUUGCCUUCAGAAAGGAACUAUUCUUCUUAUGAAAAUAUUUCCACAAUUACCAUACUAUUGUCACCCGCUGGUUACAGAAGCUUUAGUAUUGACGUUUUAUUAUCUAUCACUGAACAGCGAACACAUAUUCAACACUUUCCUCGAAAAUGUAAUAUUCCAAGGAGUAGUAUGGACGUGUUCUCAUCAACAUAUUACGGAAGCUGAAUUAUUAGAAACAAGCUCACAAAAAGUUGUUACGAUAAAAGAUUAUUUGAACAUGUGGAAGUCUUUACUUAAAAUCGUCCCAGUUCGUCGAUUUGACAAGUUUAGGAUUUUUUUGCAAGAACGCAAAUACAUUUUAGUCAAGGUAAUUGAUAAGUUGAUGAGAACUUUGUUGAUAUUAAUCAAUAAAUUAAACGUGUCCGUAACACUGAAUGACAAUAGUGAAGCUGUUACAGACAUACAGUCUGCGUAUAAACUGAAUGCAGUUAACGAUUUUGCAAUUUUUCUCAAUCUGGUCGACCUUUACGAGAAGAUUUUCGAAUAUAUUGACUCCAAUUUAUUAAAGAAAUGUGUCUACAAAUUGAUACAUUAUCUAAUAGCAAAAUGCGAAAAGCACCAAUUAAUCAGUGGUUUCUACAAACUACUAUCAUUUUGCUUGAAAAUCUGUAAAGAUAUCAAUUAUUUCAACAGUUCGUGUGAGGACGCUACAAUGUGUUAUUUAACACUGAGAAAGUUUCUCACAAGUUUGUUGAACAAAACGCAACAAUUCACCGGCGAUUUGCUAAUCGCUUGUCUUCAAGUUCUGUUACAAUACCCAAUUGUUAUAAUUAAAGAUAUGUUAUCGACUUGUACUCCGUCAUUUCGUACCAUUUUUCACGUUGGUCGUACUUCCACAAAAUUAACAUAUUUGACAUUAGAAACUCUAGAGUGUUGGCAAAACGAGAUUGAUCCUGAUGAGUUCGAACCGUUUUUAAAACAGAUUCUUCCGCUGUUUGACUCCUACCUGCAAAGUAAAUCUUUGGAAAGCAUGAGUUCUGGUAUUAACGACAACAGAAGGAAGAGCUCUCAGGCGUUGAAGAAGCGCAAAGUGUUGCUUGAUACUGAACCGGAACUUCUCCGGCUUAAAACAAAAAUGAUCAAGUUUGUUGGACAACAAAAUAGUUUGUUGUGCGAAGCUUUGGCAGUUUCAGAAGAUAAUGCGGAUUUGACGGUUUGGGCAAAUGAACAACAUCUAAAAAUUGAUUUACCCUACGAAGAUGUUAAGCUACAAGUUUAUUUGGAUAAAUUACUACCAAGGAUUGUAAAUGUUGCCUUGAAUAGUUCCGAUCGGAAGACCAGAAUAACAGCGUGUGAAUUACUGCAAGCUACUGUUAUGAUUUUUCUUGGCACAACUAAACAAAUGUCGGGUUCUGGAAUAUCCGAUUUGGAUGAAUUGUUGAAACAUGUCUCAGUUUCCUUGCUUCGAUUAGGAUGUGACAUGGAUCAAGUUGUUGAACAACUCUUUAGACCACUGUGUUUCCAAUUAAUUCAUUGGUAUACACAUCCUUUCCAAUCACGUAGUGGACACGAAGCCAUAGUCAUCGAAGCUAUUUUGGAAAGUAUGACGCAUCCAACCGACACGGCAUUACGUGAUUUUGCCGGUAAAUGCAUAAGUGAAUUCGUCAAAUGGACGAUUAAACAAUCAAAUGAAAAAAAUUUGUCGAAAGAUCCAAUCAACAUAAAAAUUUUAGUCAAAAAAAUGCGAUUCUACAGCAUGCAUCCUGAUUCCAACAAAAAAUUAGGUGCCGCUCUGAUUUUUAAUAGCAUAUACAGAGAUAUUCGAGAAGAAUUGUCGCUUUUGAGUAUGUUUUGGAUAGAGAUUCUUCACAUUUUUGUGAAAAGUUUCUCAAGUUUGGAAAAUGACGGAAUUGAUGAGAACUUGGUCACACAAAUUAAUAAUGCCUUGAGUCGACUUGAAAGAGGUUUUGUGGAAAAAUCAGAUUUGUUUAAUAAUCUUGAUACGCAACGAAGAAUUCCAAAUGAGUUCAAUGGCGGAAAGUUAGCCGAUGUUGCCGUGUGGUUGUUGAAACAGACGGGUGUAAAAAAUGAUCAUUGUAGAACAAAGUGUAUGGAGAUCUUUUGUUCGAUUUCAUCCAAAUGUAAAGGUUAUACAAAUAUGCAAAAUUUCAUAAACUCACAUUUUGAUGGCAGUUGGAUGCGAGAUAUCUACGAAACUUAUUUAAUUCAGCAUCCAACUUUACAAUGUCCAAUGAAGAACGAGGAUUUUACUCCGAUUAAGUGGAUGCAAGGAUUGUUAUGUGCUUUGGAUGGUUUUAUUUUUAUCAUCAAAAAUAAGUUAUCAUCAACUUUAAGCGAAACUUGCACUACAUCUAUUCGUUACUUUCUCGAAAACGUAUCAACGAUUACUUUAGAUGAGGCUUUUGCUAUAAUUGAGCCAAAAAUGUGGAUGUUUACAACAUUCGAAAAACUACAUUUUGAUAAACAACGUUCUCAAGCCGUCAUCAAAAUUUUACAACUUUUUACGAUAUGCGAGACUAUAACUGCAUUUUAUACUUCUCACCUUUGGAAUUUGUUGGUUAACUUUGUAUUUAAUCGUCAAAGUUUGGGUUUUGAGUGUUUUCAACCGCAAGACGAUGAUAAUGAAAGUGUUUUGAAAGGAUUUUUAAAUAGUUUGCCUCAAAGCCAAGUUCUUCAAGUUGGAAAUGUUCUAUCAAAGUAUGUAACGGACAAUUUUAAUGAUGAAUUUGAUUUGAAAGAUCACGUUAAGUUGAAACAAAGACACAUUGUGAGAGGAAUUUACAUUUUGCAAACACUUUCCUUGAAACAGUUUACUGUUGGAAGGGUUGCACCAUUGUUGAAUAAAUUUCUCCAAUUUGCUGAAGAUAAAAUCAUCUUCUUAGACGACCUCCAAGACACUACUCUUUCUUACUGUAUUACCGUUUUAAAUUAUUCCCUUGAAGAUCAAAAUGAGUUUAAGGUUUUCGUUGAUUAUUUAUACAAGGAUUACAAAGUUCAGACUACAAACUGCAAGCAACCGAUUAGUUUUGGUACUUACCUAUUUACCAUAUUCGAAGAUACCAUCAUCCGUAAAGUUGUUACAAAUUUUGAUGUUUUUUUCACGUACUGUCUGGAAUAUAAGGACAAAAUCGACAAAACUGUGGAAUUUAUUUUCUACAUUUUAAGAUGCAUUGGUCUUAAUAAACAUUUUAAAACUCAACAUGGUAUUGUUAAUAUCGUAUUAACAAACUGGGAUAUUUUUGAAGAAUUUUUUAACGAAAGCCUUUCCAACAUUCAGUUGGGGUAUAAGUUACUGAAACUUUUUAACCCAACCAUCAAAUCGAGCAGGCUUCAAUGCGACAAUUUGAAGAAAUGGUUACUGUGGGUAUUAACCUACGAAACAAAUGUGAUGUGGAGAGAAGAAUUUGAAUUGAAGAUUGAGACCAUUGAUUUAUUGAGUGACAUUUUGGACAACCUUGAUGAAAAUACAGAUCUAAGACGCUCUCUGGAUUGUUUUAAAGCCAAAUUAAUCUCCGAGACGUCACCAAUUCCUGCAGAAGAGAGGCCAUUUAUCUUGGAUAAACUCCUCUCUCUAAUCCCAAAAAUUAGGUGUUUUGAGCUUCUGGUUUUCAUUCUGGAGAUUUAUGCUAAAAUGUCCACUGGAAACAGUAUCUCGGACGUAAAGCAUUAUAUGACUGAAAAUAUCAUGAAUAAUCAGCAAGAACAUAAAUUAUUACUAGUCAAAUUAUAUGAUUUAUGUCUACUUGAAGACCUUGAUAAUUUCCAAAAGUAUAAAUUGAUUAUCGAUACGAGUUCAGUCUUUCAGUACUGUAACGUUACAUCAUUUGAAGAUUUUUUUACGGAAACUAUUUCAACAGUACUAACGGUUCUAAAAGAACCCGUCACCACCGAAAAUUUAUCUAACAAGAUUCUACAUUUCUUAUUGGUGGGUGUAUUAUUUUUGAGAUGUCCGCUACAAAGUGAUGAUAGUGAGAUCAGUCGAAUAACACAAGCGGCUCUACCUCAAAAACCAAACAAUAAGACUUUGUUGCUUCAACUGUUGAAGUUUACAUUGAAUGCUAUUAAAGACACAAUUGAUUGUGUGGUAGAGUACGAGGAAUUGUUUCGCUUGUAUAAGUGUCAUUCGUACAAUGCGAUGAUUUCAAUCGUAUGCAAUUCAAUGAAAGAUGCCAAUUUCUACACAAAGUUAUUUGUACGCCAGGAAGACAAUAAAGACAUAUUGUGGAGUAGCUUAAUUGAUACGAAGAAAACUUACGUAUUUCAGGCCGAUUUUGAUAAUAUUCCCAAACAGACAAAGAUCUUGCUAAAUAUACGAGACGAGAUGAGGCUUCGUAAAAGAAACGAAAACAAGCAAACUCAGUCUGUGAGAUAUAUCGAGACGCAGCGAGUUUUCAACAGUUCGUUGGCUGAAGACGUGACAAAAUUCGAUUUCACAAGCAGUAUUUUGCGAACACAGUCAGAUGACGAUGCGGAAAGUAACGAAUUAUUUGUACAGAGUGAAAUCGAACUGGAUUGUACCGAUAUUUCAACUCACGAAUGUAUGGCCAACGUUUGCGGUGUGAUUGAACAUAUGUUUAGAGCUGGCAUUAGCGAAUUUCCAGAUGAAGAGGAACAAUACGAAUUGCCAGCUUGGUUACAAGCAAUUAGAACAUUACUACUCGAUGAGAACACCGCAGUUAAUGUUAAAAUAUUUUGGGUGAAAGUUAUCGACAAUACCAUUCACAUUUUCAAACACUUUUCCAAAUAUUUCACGGAACCACUUCUCAAGUUUAUCGUUGAUCGAAGCGCUGGAGAGGUUAUGAAUUAUUUCGUUGCCGAUGUGGUCGCAGUUUUGGCAACAUGGUGUACCGAAGUCACUCUCGAAACACAAACGGAGAUCCAACUUGCAUCAAAACUUGUCGCAUUUCUGAUCAAUAAUCUUAAAAACGACCGACAAGAUAUAUUCAAGUAUCACCUCCAGUUAAUUCGGCUCUUGGUUGAGGCAUGGAAAACGUCAAUUGAAGUCCCUUACGAUCUAAUUUAUGCGAAAUUGAAAGUUGAACCAACUUGCAAAGCUGUGGAAAUUGGAAUACAUGUCUCGUCAAUAUUUUUGGCAAACAAACUUCUGCCAUGGAAAGGCGACAGCAAAGACUUUUGUAAAAGUAUCUUUAACGUAAUUCUUAAAGCCAAGUACAAAACUAUUUAUAGGCCUUGUGCUGAAACACUUGGACUUAUCCUACGUGAAACCAGUCAUGAUUUACCAAAACUGUGUGGGAAUGUUCACAUUUUGUUGAAAAAAAUUAAUGAGCCUGAUAAGUACGCCCAUAUCUUAGAAGGGCUUGUUUUACAUUACCCGCCAAUAGUCAACGAGGGUUACUUGAACAGUCUCUUAAGCCGAAUUCAUGGAGUCCCUAAGCCGUUAAAGAUAAUUUAUUUACGAAUUUUACUAAGUCGUUGCGACGAUUUGCACAAACUUAGUGAUUUCAAAACAGAAAGGUGGGAGACUUAUAUUGAAAAUGACCAUCUCGAAGUGCAACUUCUCGCGCUUGAAAUUGUCCAUAAGAGUCUGAAUGUCUUACGUUUUGCUCCAACAUUUCCAGAGAUUGUUCAAUCAGUUUGUAAAAAUGUGUCAAACACGAACGUUUUAUGCAGAACUAAAGUGUUUGACGUUGUGAUGGCAAUUUGCGAGACGGGAAUUUUACCCGAAGUAAAACCUGUUCUAGUUCAAGGACUUUGUGACGAAGAUACAGAAAUUCGAGAAAGAGUAUAUAAUUUCUGGCGGAACAAUUCGUCAGUACCUCAUCCAGUCGCUGAUCGAUUUUUAUAUUUACUGAAAAACUUUUAUGAGGAAAGCACCGAAAAUGAUUUUCUUGGAAAUUGUUGUUACUUCUUAUUGGAGCGUUUGAAAUUUGCGGACGAUUAUAGCAAGUUGCUUUUUGAACAUCCUUUGGAAGACUGUAACUUUGAAGACUAUUACUUGGAAACAAAUUGGCGUGCCCGCUAUUUAUCUGUUGUACCCUUGUUUGCCGAAACUGUGAGAAGUUUCAGUAUGAGUCUGCAAACUUUUGACUCGAAACUGAGACAAACACAAACUUCGCUUGAAUUUGCACCCACACAAGUUGUGAGGUCUAAACAAUUUUCACAAUAUACGAUGAGUGAAAGUAGUUUAUUUAUUAAACCCGAAGAGGAGAAAAGUUUCGUUGAUCCAAACUCAAUCAAUUUGUCGUACAAAUAUCGCAUCCCCAAGCGACGCUUCCUUAAAGAUAAAGCUAAAGUUCACAGUUAUUUCGCCCAACAGCAAGUGAAGAAGUCAAGCGAGAAAAUCGAAAAGAGAAAAGAAUUUGCCAAAGAACGCGAAAAUAAAGUCACUAUAUAUAGAAGUUAUAGAAAAGGGGAUUUACCCGAUGUUCAAAUUACUUUACAAGCUGUACUAGAGCCGUUACAAAUUCUGGCUUUACGUGAUCGUGAAAUUUCAAAAAUUUUGUAUGAAAAGUUCUUGAAGAGUAUAUUGGAAAAAAGGAAAAGUGAUGCCAACUUUAUUCAAGAAAUAUCAGUUGGAAUACAAACAAUAUUUAACAAUUCCUCCGAAUUUAGUAGAAAUCUGUUUCGAGCUCUAUUUGAUGCUCUAAUCUUUAGCAAGAGUUCCAUUGUAUUUCCACCAGAAUUAAUAGUGAGCGUUUCUCAGUCAAGUGGUUUAAGAGGUUUGGGAGCAUUGCUUCUGGAGGAAUAUUUAAUAUCUUGCGAUGUGACAGAAGUCGAAGCGAAGAAGUCACGUGGGAACCAAUUGAGUCAAGACACGAACCUUUGGAUAAAAUUGGCAGAGCUGUAUAAAGAAAUGGAAGAAUGGGACGUUGUCAAAUCAAUUUUCCUCGAAAAAACACAAUGCCCUCAAGAAGUAAAAAAUGCUCUUCUUGCCGAAUCGCAAAAACAAUGGAAAGAUGCUCGAGAUCUUUAUCAAAGUUUGAUAGAAACCGAUGACGUUAUUGAACGAAAAGAUUUUUAUUAUGAUUCCUAUUUCAAGUGCUUUGCACAUUUAGGAGCAUGGAAUGAUUUAAUAAACUCUGUCGAUUCCAUCGUUUCGCAAAACCCCACCGAAACUUGGAAUAAUUUAUGGGAUCAGGGUUUUAAUCAAGAAAAACUUUUGCCAUGGUAUAUAAGUGGACACUUGAAAGAUAUUUUGUUUACCGAUAGUUCCACGCAACAUUUUCUCUCAAGUCUUAAUAGUAGUCUCGAAUCCAGUCACUUGGCGCAUCUUGAAACACAUUAUCUCGAAGAAAUCACAAUGUUGUGGAUUUUUAAAAAUGACAUACAAGAAGCCGAACACUAUCUAAAAAUUUACAUUAACAACUUUUUAGAAGACUGGCAACAAUUGGAUUCAUUUUACGCAAAUCUACGCUACAUGAAAUUAUUAAAAUUGCGAAAUAUGAUUGAUAUCGACAAGUUUUUGGACGUGUUAAACAACAUUAGCAUCGAAAAUGUGGUAGAAAUUGAUGGUUUAGUUAAAUACUGGAACAGAGCGGCCUUUGAGAACUUACCUUCGAUUUUAUUAAAGGAAGACAGGGUUUUAUACCGGAAACAAUUUCUCCGUACUUUGGUAAGAAAAAUCGAAUCGUUCGAUAAUGAUGAUUUUGCAAACACCUUAACACAAUUAAAUGACAUGAGCCUUAAACUGGACGAAGAUAUUUUGGAGGCAGCGAUUGGAGAGAACAAUUUUUACAUGACCAAAAAAUACUUAAAUCUCUCGAAUAAUAGAAAUGCCUUCAAAACGCAGCUAAUUUUAAGCAAACUGGCUUAUAUUAAAUCACUCAUGCUUAAUAACUCGGAACAAAAAUUGAACGUGAUAUUGCAGGGAAUUAAGACACUUGUCCCCAUAUUUGAAGAAACUGAAAGUUUUCUUCAACUUUCAGCCCACGUUACUUUUUUCAAACACCUCGAUUAUAUCUCUUCACUUCUUUCGCAAAACGAAGAUUUGCUUCAGAAUCGUCAGUCAGAUUUGAUGACUUUGACUGAAGUCACUCAAAGUGUUUCUUCCAAAGAUGUUGCAUUUUUUGCAGCUAAUAAGUUAAAAUCGUUUCUUCACAAUUACAACACUUCCGAUGUUUGUACUGAUGCGUACAUACAGUACGCUGAUGCGUACGUACAGUUGGCUUAUUUUGCAAAGAAUCAAGGAAAAAAGUAUUUCAAAGACUUCAUGUUGUUUGUUUUAAGAGCAAUGAAGUUUAAUUCAAAGGAGGGCAAACAACUUUUCCCAUGUGUUUUGAUGGAGCAAGAAUUUAGUCUUGAAGAACAACAACUAUUUCUUACCGAAACUGAACAAAUCCCAGUGUGGAUGUUUUUGAAAUGGAUUCCUCAAAUACUUGUUAAUAUAGAUUCGUCUAAAGUCACUGUUAUUAAACCGCUUGUGUUGAAAAUUGCUACAACGUACCCACAAGCUAUAAUGUACGCUUACAGGUUAAGUAAAGAGAACUAUAAAUGUGAACAGCGGGAAGCUAAGGAGUUGAUUGAGACUCUGGACGAGCUUUUAUUAACCGACGAGGGAGCAAAUAAAUUUUUGAAAGCUUUAUCUUUCAUUGGAAUACCAGCUGCCAUCUUAAUCUACUAUGUUCGAAAAAUUGUAAAACUAAUUGCUUCCAGUGAACUAGGUCAAGCUAAAAUUGUCCACGAUUUUGUGUUGAAAGAAAUGUUCAUAAAAGCUGACUCACGUGAUAGCGAUUUACUACAAGGAAAUAUGUUUAAGUCAAUUACAAAAUAUGAAAAGGAUCUAAAAAAUAUUGGAAGGUUGUUGACCAAGCCUUCGGAGACACCAAAUGUCCUUAAACAACUUCAAAAAAUCAACACAAAUUUAGGAAAUACACUGCAGGAUCGAAGGGAAAACCAGAGGAAUUCACGUCUUCUUAAAGAAUAUUGUCCUUGGUUGGCCAACUUUUCUGCAAGUAAAAAUAAUUUAGAACUUGAAAUUCCUGGCCAGUACGAUGGUGAAAGGAUACCACUUGUCCAACACCAUGUUAAAAUAUCUGGAUUUUGUCCAAAUGUUUCCAUAAUGAGUUCUUUGCGAAAACCUAUAAAAAUAACAAUUUUGGGUAAUGAUACUAAGGAGUAUCCAUUCCUUGUAAAAUUUGGCGAAGACGUUCGACAGGAUCAACGAAUUCAACAGCUUUUUUCCUUGAUGAAUAAUAUUUUUCAACAUGAUAGAAAUUUGAACGGACGUAAAUUUCAUAUACUUACAUACCAGGUUAUACCAUUAACAACAAGUUUAGGUAUAAUACAGUGGAUUGGCAACACAAAGUCUCUUCAUGAAUUUUCAAAUAAUGAGAAUUUUGACAAAGUUGUUGAAACCUUCACAAAAUGGAUUUAUACUUCCGCGAAUCAAUCACCUUUCGAUGCUUAUGGAAGAGCGGCCAUGAAAUAUUCGCGAGAUAAAACCAUAGUCAAGUUCAAAACAUUGGUUAGCAAAAUUAGCUGGGAUGUUUUCAGAUCUACAUUUUUGAAAUUAAGCAGCAACACUGAAGGUUUCUUUGCACUGCGAAAUAACUUUAUCAAAAGCUACGCUAUCAUGUGUGCCAGCCAUUGGAUCGUAGGUGUAGGCGAUCGCCAUUUAUCAAACUCCUUAGUAUGUCUAAACAGCGGCAAGGUUUUGGGUAUCGAUUUUGGUCACGCCUUUGGUACGGCAACCCAAAUUUUGCCCGUACCAGAACUGGUUCCGUUCCGUCUAACACCUCACAUUGUCAACUUAAUGGAGCCUUUAGGAGCUACGGGAUUAUUUAGGGAAAUCAUGGUGCAUUGCUUGAGAUCUCUGAGAUCGAAUUCUGCUUCCUUGUUGUCCACAAUGAAUGUUUUCAUUAAAGAACCGUCACUUGAUUGGCUAGAGCAUGCUUCGAGGUUUAGCACCGGUGUGGAUACGUCUAAUUGUGACUGGUAUCCGGCACAAAAAAUCGAACAAGCCAGAAAGAAACUAGCUGGAGCUAACUCUGUCAAUAUUAUGAUUGAAGAUUUGCUUGCGGGACAUCAGAAAAAUCAAGCGUACAUGAAGGCUUAUAUUGCGUUGGUUGAAGGAAAUUCAGAUUUUAAUGUUCGAGCUAGAUUGGCAGGCAAUGGUUUGUCAGAGGAAGAUCAAGCGAUUUGUCUUAUAGACCAUGCUACUGAUUAUAAUUUACUUGGGAGGAUGUUUGAAGGUUGGGCAGCGUGGGUCUAACUUAAGGUUAUAUUUUUGUACUCUGUAAUGUUUUAUGUUUUCUAAUACAGUUUACUUAUUAAUGAA